CAAGGGUUUUUGAGACUUGAAUAGCUGAUUUUUCAAAUUGACGGCCGAUUCUAGGGUUUUGGGACCGAAUUUAGCAAUUUUCGAUUCAAUCGGGAUCGGAAUCGGUGGAAGGACCAAUUCAAUAUGUGAUUCGAGUUUUAAAAUCCUUGUGGAUGAAUCGACUGAUUCAGAUUGGAAUCAACAGUGUACGAAAUCAGAAAAUGGCGGCCGAAACGCAAUAAAGCAAUUUACAGUUUACAACUAAGCUCUGGAGGAUCGGCGGUAUCGGGGUCUCUGGUGAUCGGUUAAUAGUAUCUUCGCCGAGAUCGAUCAUGGACAACGAUCGCCGGGAGCUAAGCGUUAGGGUUUUGUGCCGUAAGCUCAUCAUCGCCAGCAAGGAACGGGGCCUUCAGUGGCUGAUCGGAUCACCAUUCUUUGAGCAACUCACCAUUGUCUCCACCGUCCAAUGUCUCCACACUCAACCAGGGGAUUCCCUCUCGCCGGACUGCAAUAAAGAAUCAGAUGAUCUUAGAACAUUAUUGCUGAGAGGAUUCGAUGUGAUCGGAGCUUUACUGCCUGGAGAUAGUAAUUGGGAAGAAAAUGCUGGUAAGGCAGCUGAUGCUGCUCGUAAAAUGAGAAAGUUCCUCUCAGGGAAUGAUCGGGGUAUCCGUGAUACGAUAGGAGCUGUUGCACAUCCGAUUACCAGCGAGAUUCACUUUUUCGUCUCUAAAACCGAAAAAUCUCCAAACCUAGAAGCCGUUACUACCGUUGUUUAUGAAGAGCACCCUGACAAGUAUGUGUGGGAAAGAGGUUGCCUCCUCCGGUGCGAGUUGGCCAUGAAUUUGCCUAUCUACGUUCCUACAAACAGAGCGUCUGAUGCCGAGGAGGUCUUGUCUUCAGCAACUGAAGCUGUUAUGGCUAAGCUCACAGAUCCUGGGGUUGUAUUUAUAGUAGAAGGGGUAAAUGAAAGGUCUAGGGGAAUGUCUCGGCCUGUCAUGCUUCGUGGCAUGGAAUUAGAUUAUCAGACACAUCUUUCGGAUGUCCUUUCGAAGAGCAUUGCAGAAGAAUCCGAUGGCAAAACUAUAACUUGUUCAUACUUUUUUUCAGACAGCAAAUCAGAUUGGUCCUUAACUUUUGGAGAGAGUGCAGGUACAAUCCAAGUGAGUAUCCUGCUGAAUAAAUCAGGAAGUUCUACACAAGUUGUGGCACCAAUUGCAGAAUAUUUUCCAGCUUCAGAGCCGGCAAGGCUUUUUGUUGUCAGCUUUAAGUUUGAUAUCCUUUGCUAUGCUUCUAAGGAUCUUCCUGCAGCACACGCUGUGUCGAAGCUGAUUGUGCCAGGUUUAGAAGAUCAGUUAACUACAAUGAAGAAGACUCUUUACUCUAAUCUCUUUACACAACAUCCUCAGCCACGACCAUAUCACUUCUGUCCUCCUGGGUUUGUGCAACCAGUAACAGUUCUCUAUGAACUCGAUUAUGGGGAGACUGAGAUGAAACAAGUUGAAAUUAGAAGAUCCCUACAUUUAAGGCUGGGCCUGCCCUUGGAUCGUCCUUUCCUUCUAAUUGCUAAUGCCAUAAAAUUUUCCAUCACUGAAGGUAGUGCUGGCAGCAUCCCAAUAAGAAAGGGUUCUGCUCUGCUCAAGGAUGUUCAUUCUGGAAUUCCUGGCAGCGGGGUUUCUGGAGGCAUUGUCUCUCUGAUUCAGGGUUCUUAUGAAUACUAUCACUACCUUCAAGAUGGUUUUGAUGACUCUGGAUGGGGAUGUGCUUACCGCUCUCUACAGACCAUAAUUUCAUGGUUUAGACUUCAGCACUACACAUCCAUCGAAGUUCCUUCUCACAGGGAAAUACAGCAGGCACUUGUAGAGAUAGGGGACAAGGAGCAUUCUUUUGUUGGAUCACGUGAAUGGAUAGGCGCCAUUGAAUUAAGCUUUGUUUUGGACAAACUUCUUGGGGUCAGUUGCAAAGUUAUGAAUUUGAGAUCAGGAUCAGAGCUUCCGGACAAAUGUCGUGAGCUGGCCAUGCAUUUCGAGACCCAAGGAACUCCAGUCAUGAUAGGCGGCGGUGUUCUUGCAUACACCCUACUGGGAGUUGACUACAAUGAGGCAAGUGGUGAUUGUGCAUUCCUGAUACUGGACCCUCACUACACCGGUGGUGAUGAGCUCAAAAAGAUUGUGAAUGGUGGGUGGUGUGGGUGGAAAAAGGCUGUUGAUAGUAAGGGCAGGAGUUUCUUCUUGCAGGACAAGUUCUAUAAUCUUCUGCUUCCUCAAAGGCCCAACAUGGUAUGAAUCAAUGUGGGAUGAGCUUCUGAUAUAAUAGGGAAAGGAUAGUUAUCAGUUCAUUAUGAGCUAAAACAAAUACAUGCUACUGGUUGAUAAUAGCAAAUACAUGCUAUACUGGUUGAAAAAAAUACACCCUGAUCAUUGCUUUGCUGGAUAUUCCUAGGAUGGCAAAAUAAUAGAUGGGUUCAUCCUUUUGCGAAUCCGAUGAUAACAUAAUGGAAAUGGGACUGUAUUACAGUUCAUCUGGAUUUUGUUUUGGGAACUAGUUGGCAUUUUAAUCUUGUAUUGUGUUUUACAUCAUUUUUUAAAUUUCAAAUGUACAUCAAUGAUCUAGUCCUGUUCAUAAUUGUUCUGUUGACAUUUAA